GGCGGGUCUAGCUGACCAAGGAGCUGCUGUCAGGAGAGAGAAGAAGAAGAAGAGGAGGAAGAAGAGGAAGAUGGCGAGAGGAGGCCUGAGGAGAGUCGCUCAGUGUCUGAGGCAGUCCGUGAGCAGAGACGUUCAGAGCAGGACCCACGUCAGGUAUCUGUCGUCAUGUGGGAUCCUGAUGACACGGGUGCCCCCCCUCCUGAGUGCGGCCAAGUCGGGGCGUGGCGUCGUGCUGCCGGCCCGCAGCUUCUUCAACCUGGCUGACUCCUUCUCCAAGAAGAAGGAGUACUCCGAGAGACGCAUCAUCGGGUAUUCCAUGCAGGAGAUAUAUGAAGUGGUGGCCGGUGUGGAAAACUACCGCCUCUUUGUUCCCUGGUGUAAGAAAUCUGACGUGGUGUUUCGGCGAUCUGGUUUCUGCAAGGCCAAACUCAGCGUGGGCUUUCCUCCUGUGGUGGAGAACUACAACUCUCUUGUGACUACAGUACGCCCCCACCUGGUCAAGGCGUCCUGUUCAGACGGGAAACUCUUCAACCACUUGGAGACGGUUUGGCGCUUCAGCCCUGGACUCCCGGGGUACCCUCGUACCUGCACCGUGGACUUUGGUAUCUCCUUCGAGUUUCGUUCCCUCAUCCACUCCCAGCUCGCUCACGUCUUCUUCGACCAGGUGGUGAAGCAGAUGGUGUCUGCGUUCGAACUCCGCGCCUCCAAGGUAUACGGCGCCGAGACGCCCAUCCCCCGCGAGCUCAUGUUCCACGAGGUUCACCACACGUAGCGACGCCCCCAAAAGGCAAACACAGAUAUCCGAUGCCAACGCCAGAGAGGAUGAGGGAGGAGAAGGUGUUAGUGAAAGUUGCAGUGCCUUUCUCACAGCUACGACCAAGUUCAUUCCCAACUGUUUCAUAUCUGAUAUAAGUGACACGGCUCCGGCUCCGAGCUUUCACCUUCACGCUCAACACUUCAUUCAGUGAGUUCCACCUUCUGAGAAGAAUCUGAGUUCUCAGGUUGUGAGCGUGAAGGUGAAACCACAGCAGCUCUGUCAUCACAUCUGGAAACACCAGUCGUUCACUUCACAGCUCUGACUGACUGGUUUACCUGAGCUACAGCUGCAGGAGUAUUCCAUCUCAAAGCUGCUGCAUCAGUUCAUCUUCUUAAAUAAUGUUUCACCACAUUAGAGACAAAUCGAUUUAUACUUGAAAGAUUUAGAAGUGGCACAUUUCCCACAGUUUUAUCGAGAAUCAACCAGUCAGACAAUUAUUCUGCAACUGUUUUAAUAAUUGAUUUAAUUCAUGUCAAACAUAUUUCUGGUUCCAGCUUGAUUUUCCUUCUCAGAUAUGAGAUUAAAGUGAAUAUUUUAAGCUUUUAGACCAAGCUGAACGCGUGACUAUGCACCUGUGGGAAGCUUGAAUGGACCUGUGUCAAUACUUUCCGAUAUAUUAAUGGAAAAAUUGAGAAACUCAUUUACAGAUAAUGGAAGCUAUCCUUCCUUUAACUGUGGUGACUCUGUGGUUACAGCCGUGCAGCUCGUUACGACCCAUUCACAAACCUUUCAUUCAGAUUCCAGUUCACAUGGGUCCUCAUGUCUGGAUCAUGUGACCGUCAGGGGUCGUCCCACAGGAGGAAGGUCAAAGGUUAAAGUCUUCUGAUGAUGUGAUGACACAAGCAGCAGCUGUAGUUGGUAUUAGACAUCUUUCAAAAUAAAAGACUUAAUAAUUGUCAAAUAACAUCAUGUCACGUUAUCAAGGUAUAAAAACAACUGACAGGGCCCAAGUCUGGUUUAACCACCACAGACAAUCACAUGAUGAGAAUAUGUAGUAAGAAUAAAGAGCAGAAAACAGGUGAGACACAGUCACUGGACGUUUUGUUUAAAGAGGACGAGCAGGAGGACGUGUCUGAUCUGUACACCAUCAGAAACACAAACCUGCUCUGGGAGCUAAACUUUUAUUUAGAGGAUUGCUUAUUGUUCUCGAUAUUAUGCUCAUGUUAUUGAUAAGAGAGCGAUGCUGGACAUGAGAGCUGCUGAAUUAUACAGCAAAGGGUGUUUUAUUUCUUCUUCAGUGUGCAAAAUGAGCUGUGUGUUAUUUUAAAUGCAGCUACGCAAACAUGUUAAACCAACUGUCGAUGUAAAGGACACAAAACCGUCCGACGACACAGAGACACCGGCCUGGAUUUAUUAAACACCAAGAUAAGAUGUUGUUUUCUGAACGUGAACAACGAGACACAUUACACUAGAGAUCACAUGAUUGAUCACAUGACAUGAUCCCAGCCUGUCAUAGAUACAUCCUAAAAUACAUUUUUCACGUCUAAUAUAAACAUUCAUGGGGAAAAUUUUCAAUGACAAUGCAAAAAUUCUAAUACAAUUAAAACACUUAAAUGACUCUAUUCUUACAAUACUAGGUACAGGAAACAGAGGCUGUCAUUGAACUCCCGGCAGAUGGGUUUAGAUGUCUUCUCUAAACCCAUCUGGAGAAUUUAGUUUUUGUUUUUAACAUUAAGGAUUAGAAGCAUAAAUUAGGAAUCUCUGCUUUGGUCCAGCGUGUCGGUCCAGAUCCAGACGGAGAGGUUUAAUAGAUCCAGGUCGGACGUGGUUUCACUGAGGUCACCUGCCCUGAACCCACGUCUCUCACAGACUGGAAGCAUAUUUAUCUCUAUUUUUAAACAAUAUACUUGUAUUUAUUACUUAAGUUUAAAGUGUAAAUAUUGGUAUUGAUAAGACGUAUAUAAACACUGCUUUUAAAGGGACUUGGUAUGUGUUCUGGGGAAAGUUGAAUGUUAAGAGACAGAUUUACCAGCUGCAUGAUUUAUAAAGUAUUUUUUCUAAAAAAGAAAAA